AUGAAAAUAUCAGGAUUGCGCUAUACCGACGUAUGUGCUAAAGCUCGACGUUUGUUUGAAUCUGGGAGAGACCACGAUCAUGUUGUAUCGUUUUUUAUUGGGGCACUUCUUCCCCUUCCAAAAUGUUCGGACGAAGACACGACCUUGUUCUUGUUGACGACUCUUUACUAUGUGAUUGAUUUUCUGGAUGGCUUGGCUGUAUCGAAAGACGUUACUAUCAAGAAAAACUCGCCCGAUGAAGCGUCGAUUAAUAUGUUUUGCUUUGAUUCUCCAAACAAUGUUCUAUCGAUGAUACGUGUUGUGUUGGAAGCUGAUAACGACAACACCCAUGGAUUAUGUGAUGAUAGCUCGCAGUGA